AUGCCCACCUUUUCUCAGGCUGCUUCUGCGGUUUCUUCAAACAGCACUCCGGUUACGCCUUCAAAGGGCUUCUGGUCUCGCCAGUUCAUCAUAGCUAGCCCUAAUCCCAGUCAACGUCCUGAAGGCUGGCAGCUGGACCGGGCGCCCAUGUGUCCCUGCCAUGACUGCUGGGAAAAUGAAUCGCCAUACCAUGUGCCGCGUCCGAAGAAGGUGAAGAAUACACCUGAGAAGAUGGCGACUUCAUCCGUUGCCUCGACAUCGACACACUCCUUCAUAAAAAGGUCGCCCUUGAAACUUCUUAAGAAACGCAUCAGCUUCGACAGCAUCGCUUCCGACUUGCGAACUCUUCACUAUACCACGACCGCUACGACCAUUGCCAUGCCAGAGACGCCGGCCUCGUCACGCCCCCCAUCCGUGUCAGAGAAGAACUAA